UCCCGAGCCGGCGGGACCGGACACAUCCGUGCGCGAGCCGCAGAUGACAUUUGUGCGGGGUCUCCUAGCUCCUCCUCUCGACUAUUUUAAGCGUCAGUGCGCGUGCGCAGAAGAGGGCAAACAAGUACACACCUGUUCGCUUCCCUGACAAAGGACACACGUAAAGCGGUGUGACAAGAGUUCGACUCCGGUACCGGCCCGUGCUCAGCAUGUCACCAUGGCGCACCGAGCAAGAUGAGCCCGAAUGGCGCGACAGGACGCGGUGCGCUGCGUGCGUGUGCUGCUGUACACUCUCAACGUGCUCUUCUGGCUGAUGUCAGCGUGCAUUCUGGGAGUGGCGGCUUGGAUUCGAGAUUCCUUGAACGCUGUCCUGACCCUAACGGCUCACACCAGGCUGGAGGAGGCGGCCGUGCUGACGUUCUCUCCGCUCGUUCACCCCGUGCUCGUGCUGGUGUGCUGCUUCCUGCUCAUGGUCGCCAUGUUGGGCGUGUGUGGCACGCUGCGCUGCGACCUGCUGCUGCUGUCAUGGUACUUUUGCUGUCUGAUGGUCAUCUUGUGUGUGGAGCUCGCCAGCGCUGUUUGGACUUACGAGCAGCCUCCCGUGCAUCGCUCUGACAUGAUCAGCCUGAAGUUUCGGAUGUCAAACUUUGGCCAUCAUCACCAUCAGUGGCUCACACACACCUGGGACACUUUUCAGACAGAGUUUAAGUGCUGCGGCGUGAUCUACUUCACCGACUGGCUGGAGAUGACCGAGAUGGAGUGGCCGCCUGACUCGUGCUGCUCCAAUCAGUAUCCAGGAUGUGCUGGCCACGCCCACCAACAUGACCUCAGCGAUCUCCACCAAGAGGGUUGCGGUCCAAAGAUUUUCUCCUUCAUUCGCGGCAGCACGCUGCUGCAGCUGUUGCGUUUCCUGGGCGUGGCCAUGGGCGUGGCCCAGAUUCUGGCCAUGGCGCUCACUCUGAUGCUGCUGUGGGCGCUUUAUUAUGGCCGUAAACUACACACAGACUCGACGUUGGUGCCUGGUGGCACCGUGGCCGUGACUCAUGAGGCCUCACAACUGUAGGCCCCGCCUCCGGACCGCCAGUACAGAACCACUUUGAGAUGGGACGUCAGUGAAAUAGAUUAGCUCCUCACCGGACACGUUGACACACGAAUCCCAGUGAUCUCGUUGUGGGAUGUUCUCAUGGAAAACGAGUGACAAUCCUUUCAUUUUUAGAAAGGGUCAGAGUUCAUACAGGAAGUGGGAACGUUUCCUCUAGUGUGCAGAUGUCCAGGAAAUAGGACAAGCCCCGCCUCCAGUUCAUUGCUAUUUCCUGCAGCACACUUCACAACAAAUCAUAGGAUUUAUUGAAGGACUUUCAUAGAGAACAAAAUAUUUUUGUUCCUUCAUGCAUGCACACUGACAACCAUAAUUACAACAUACCGGGUAUUGAUAAUAACAUUUUGAAGUGCUAGAUUGUUUCCGUUGAACAAACAUUCACAGAUUUACGUGUCUGUUCAAAUGUUUCUUUGCAUAUUCCCACAAAAUCAUCUGUUCUUUUCUCGUCAAAGAAAGGGAAAUAAAAUAAUUUCAAAGUGCACUCUCCGACACGCAA